CUCGCGCCGGGCCUGCUUCCGGUGUCCGCCCUCCGGCUCCUCCCGCCGCCGCCGCCGCCGCGAUGCUGCUGCUGUGGCGGUCCCGCUGCCUGGGCCGGGCGCUGGGCCGCUCGCUGCGCGCCCUCCGGCAGGGGAACUGUACUCUGGCAAGAUGCUCUCUGUCUGGUGUGGCUGGGAGCCAGGGACUGGCUUACAUGAACAGCAGGAAGCUUGUAGUAAAUAGCUCCAGUGUCUUCACUGUCCGUUACUUCAGAACCACUGCAGUACGUAGGGAUGACGUGGUUACGGUGAACACACCAGCCUUUGCAGAGUCAGUCACAGAAGGAGAUGUCAGGUGGGAGAAAGCUGUUGGAGACACAGUGGCGGAAGAUGAAGUGGUGUGUGAGAUUGAAACAGACAAGACAUCAGUGCAAGUUCCAGCCCCAGCAGCUGGUGUGAUUGAAGCCCUUUUGGUACCCGAUGGUGGCAAAGUGGAAGGGGGGACACCUCUGUUCAAACUCAGGAAAACUGGGGCUGCUCCUGCCAAGGCCAAACCAGCAGCAGCCCCUCCUCCUCCUCCUGCAGCCCCUGAACCUGUAGCUGCAGCUGCUCCUCCCCCUGCUGCAGCACCAAUUCCCACUACAAUGCCACCAGUGCCGCCUGUGUCAACUCAACCCAUUGAUAGCAAACCAGUGUCUGCGGUGAAGCCAGCUGCAGCCCCAGCGGCAGCCCCUCCUGGGGAGGCAGUGCCCAGCAAAGGUGCCCGAUCAGAACAUAGGGUGAAAAUGAAUAGGAUGCGUCAGCGUAUUGCUCAGCGGCUGAAAGAGGCUCAGAAUACUUGUGCCAUGCUGACCACUUUCAAUGAGAUCGAUAUGAGCAACAUCCGGGAGAUGAGAGCUGUACACAAGGAUCCCUUCCUGAAAAAGCACAAUCUGAAGCUAGGUUUCAUGUCAGCUUUUGUGAAAGCUGCAGCUUUUGCUCUGCAGGACCAGCCCGUUGUGAAUGCAGUGAUUGAUGACACGACCAAAGAGAUUGUGUACAGGGACUAUGUGGACAUCAGUGUCGCUGUAGCAACUCCCCGGGGUCUUGUGGUCCCUGUCGUUAGGAAUGUAGAAAACAUGAACUUUGCUGACAUAGAGCGUGCUAUCUAUGAGUUGGGGGAGAAGGCACGGAAGAACGAACUGGCCAUUGAAGACAUGGAUGGCGGCACUUUCACAAUCAGCAAUGGAGGGGUUUUUGGGUCACUCUUUGGGACACCUAUCAUUAACCCACCCCAGUCUGCCAUCUUAGGCAUGCAUGCCAUCUUCGACAGGCCGGUGGCUGUGGGAGGCAAGAUCGAGGUGCGGCCCAUGAUGUAUGUGGCGCUGACGUAUGAUCACCGGCUGAUUGAUGGCAGAGAGGCAGUGACUUUCCUGCGCAAGAUCAAGGCAGCAGUGGAGGAUCCCCGCGUGCUGCUGCUUGACCUGUAGAGCAGCCACACCCCCACACAACCCACCCAGGGCAGGGCCACAGCACCAGCAGGGGCAAUGCAGGGCAUUCAGGAACUGGCAGGGGUCAUUCCGGUCUCUCUCCCUCCGCUGUGAUCGGAGCUGUCCCAGAGGGAAUUGGGGGAUAGCUCCUACCUCCUUUCCUAUUCUGUUUAACGAAGGUUCAGUUUCUCACGAGGAUUGCUAUGCAGUGGGCCAACCACUGAAUGGCACUGCCUUUCCAGAGCCAACUGUAUGGCAUCCUCUCCCUCACAGCACCGAACUCUCACCUCUAGCUUGUCCUAUACCACUGGAAACUGCUUGCUGCUGCUGUGCUAGGGUACCCUUCCCUGCCGCUCCAAGGCAGGUUCAGCUUUAUUUCCUAGCACUGAGGUUCCUGGGAGGGAGAGGAGAGGAAAGGCUACUGUUCUGUCCCUGUUUUGCUUGAAAAUAUUUCACACUCCUCUGCCUUGCAAGGGCAGUCUGGGGACCCCCAGGCCACUUGCAGCAGAGGUUUUGAUCAGAGCAGGGCUUGAGGUAGGUGUCAUGCCUCUGGCAGUGCCCUAGUUACACUCCCUCCACAGACAGGAACGCAGUGGUGGCAGCUCCCCUGCUUUCCCUUGGAGAUUGUUUGUCUCUCUCCAGCCUGGUCACUGUGGUGUGAAUGUUUGUCUGGGUGGGCAGAGCCCGUGACCUCUGUGGAGGUAGCACUGUUCCUGGGGGGACAACCCUUUCACCAUUACACGCCCGACAUAGGGCUAAGAACCAGCCCCCAGCAGCUGUCCUUGAAUCACAGCUCACUGACGGUGGAUCUGACUGCUGGCUUCCUGCGUGCAAGGGCUUGGCCUGCUACCAGCAGAGAGACAGCUGGGGAGGGCCAGGUCUUUAACUGUAAUGUACAUCCCAGCCCAAGGCUGCUGGUUUUGGGGGGAGGGGGGCAGUCCUUAAUCUGAUAGCGCACACAUGUAUUGGGGAGUGAGGGGGUUGCUAGUGCCUGCAGAGUCUAUUACCCUCUACGCAGAACUUGUAACUAAAAUAUUUAACACAGCGGAUUUUAAAUGAAAUAAAACUGGGCAACAACUGCGAGGUGGGGUGUGUUUGAGGGGACGAGCAACAGCUCCUGGGUGAGGACUCAGGCAGCAGCUUCCUUAGCGUAGUGUAAGAAGCCUGUUUUCUGGUGGUGAGAGAAAAGAGGGAAUGGGGGCUGGGCCCAUCACUGGGGGUAAUACAUUGAGGCUUCUCUGGCUGUGCCAAACCCUCUUUGGCACAGAAUUGGCUCUUCCCAGCAAAGAUGAGGUUUUCAGGGCUGGAAAUCCUCCUUUUCUUGGUCUAGCAACAGAACUGUUAACAGACAGCGAGGAAAUCCCAGUGUUUGCUAAAUGGCCUGAUGGCCAAGAGGGAGACCUGGGACAGGCUCUUAAAGUACAGGUGUGAAGCCAGGUUGGUUUUUCCCUGCUACAACAGGGGAGAGUUAUAAAUCAUGCAAGUGGGGAAAAAGGCUGUUAAGGGUUGCAGAGGGAGAAGGGAGGUAAGAUCAAAGAACUGCAAAGCAAAAGCUGUCUGUGGUGCUGAGAGUGUCUCCCCAAGGAGCUGUCCCUGUUGGAACAGUACGAAAUCGUUCCUGGAUCAUGGCAGGGUUUUUCCAGCUCUGACAUAAACUUCAGAGAAUGGUUUGCCUUUCCCAGCUAUGAGUGAAGAAGACAGCCCCUUUUAACAGAAUAUGAUUGCACUCACAGCUGGCAUGCUGAUGAAAGGGAGAGCAGUUCCUAGUACUAGUUCCUACAGCUUCCUGGCAGCUAUGGACAAACUGGUGGCUGGAGUCCGCUUUCCUCUGACUCCCUGGUUGAGGUAGAAGGAGAGGAAAAACCCCUUCCCUGCACAGUAAAGGAAGGGCAAGGAGUCUAGCUGCUCUUGAACAAAUAAAUUGAGUGGAAGAGAGGGUUCUGAUUAAAAAAUGCUGCUAGCACCCAGCCCUCCAUGGUGGUUUAGGAUACAGAGGGCCCACCUUGACUUUGUAUGUGAGCCUGGGGAAGGGCAAUGUCUGUAUUCUGUCUGGAGCUGCAAUAAAUGAGGCCUUUGAACUA